AUGGAACCAAACCAACAUAUUGAUAACUUAAUUGAUAUGCCCAAUUUUGGUAUUAAUAUUAAUAUGGAUAUCCAAAAUAAUCUUAUAAAUAGGGGAGGAGAGGAGAGUAGUCAUUUGUUUCAGGGUCAAUCUGCAAACACCAGUAGUUCAACUAUUCCACCACAAUUUUUUUAUAACAAUCUUCUUCAAAAUAAUAGUUUACAUAAUACAGGCUCAAAUAGUAACUAUCACAUCAGUCUUUCCCAACAACCACAACCCCAAUAUUAUUUAGAACAACUAUUAAUAACUCCACAACAACAACAACAUCAACACUAUCAACAGAUCCAACAAAUACAACCACAACAAAAUGGUAAUGGUAAUAAUAACUAUAACAAUAAUAAUGAGGUACAAAAUCCAAAUGUUCCACAACAAAUUCACGCACAAGUUCAACAGAUAAUUAAUAACCAACAUAAUCAAUAUCAAUACCAACAACAGCAACAACCACCACCACAACAACAAAACCACCACCACCAACAAUCUCAUUUAUAUGGGUCAUUUAAUUUUCAAAUAUUUAAUGAUUUUGUUUCUUUACAUAGGGGUAUCAUAAAUAAAUUUAAUGGUGAAACGAAAAGUUUUAUAUUAAGAGAUAGUUCUUUUCAACUGUAUCAACAGUUGACAUGUCAUGAAAAGACCAUCAUUGAAUUGGUUUCUACAAAGUGCGAUAUCAAUGAUGAGGAGCAUUUUGUUGGGGUUUUUUAUCUUUUGGUUAUAAUAAUAUGCGAUUUAGACAGUCAACUAUUACACAAUUUAUCAAAAACAUUCAAAUUAUUUAAAACAUUUGACGAAAUGCAAAUUAAACUUUUCGAUGCCAGUGGUGCCACUACAUUAUCGACAAAUACCAAAAGCCAAUUAUCCAUCUUUCAAAGCUUAAAUGAAAAAGAGUCCAGAUUAUUGUUCAAUAUUAUCACACUCAACUAUGACUUCCUUGUGCAAUUCAAAUCCAAGUUUUUUAUUUCAAAUGCCGCAUACAAUAUUAAUAAUAGAAUCAAUUUUAACGAAGUUAAUAUUCAACCAGUUCAAGUGUCUGCAGAAACCUAUAAUAAAUUUAAAGAAGGUGGUCCAUCUGGUUAUACAAACCGUUCACCUAAUGCUCCAAGAUUAGCCUCUCUUCAAAGUAACCAGGAUUCAUUUGCCCACACUCUUCCAAACUCAAUGAUACCAAUACCUAAAUCUGAAACCCCAUAUACCAGGAAGAGAAAAGGUUCAUUCCCAAAUGGCAUUGCCUCGGUUCCAACUCGUCUAUCUCUUUUUAAAAUAUUUGAUACCAAUGAUUUAGAAUCGAAAUCAAAUCAAAAAGGUGAUUCUUAUAUCUACAGUUUAAAUAGAAAGAUAGUUUUAGUUAAUACUAUGCUCACACCAAUCGCCAGCGAAGUUAGUACUGGUAGAAGAAGUAAAAAUGGUGUUGUUUUAGUAAUAAAGGACUAUGCUAAAUAUAGUAAUUUAACAAUUGUACCCUCUUUGUUUAUUCCAACACAAUUUACAGAUAAUGCUGUUAGAAAUAUCGAAGCUAAUGAAACUGAAGUUUUCAAAUUUAAGUCCCACAAGGUAGAAAAUAUCGAGCCAGGUAUCUUCAAUGUCAUUUUUUCAAUUCAAAGAACCAAUAAAAACUUUAAGAAUGUUUGUAUCCUCUUUAAAGCUUUCAAUAACGAUGAAGAGAUUGAUUCAGUCGCAACUCCACCAAUUCGUUUUAGAAAUACCCCAUCCGAAUUCGAACCACCAAAGAAAGUUUUAUUAUCCAAAGCCGAAUUUGUUGAUGCUAACGUUAAAGAUAAAAACCAAGGUGCAUUUAAAUUUGUUGCCAUUGCAAAUUUAUUUAAAAAGGGUUUAAUUCCACAAAAUACUACUCCUUCCACUGCUGCCAGCCCUACUACUACCACUACCACCACUACCACUACCACCACUACCACCACUACCACCACUGCCACUUCUAAUACAACUGAUCCUGGUUCUCCAACUGAUUCUCCAUCAUCAUCACCAUCAUUAACAGGCUCUUCUGGUAGUUGUCCCAAAGAAAAGAUUGUUAAAACUGGUAAGCCUCUUUUAAUUCAAUUUAAAAACCGUGAUACAGGUGAAGUUGUUAUCAUUCCACAAAACAUCACCAAAGCUACAGCUUCUGAUCAUUGGAGAUAUCCAUCAUCUCUAUUAAGUAACACUAUUCUUCCAAUCGACGAAAUUACAAACUGUAGUAAUGGUAAUCUUGCAGAAACCAUUAUCUAUUUCCCAUAUUCCUAUGUCAUCGAAUUUGGCUGUAUUCUUCAAAGAGGUUGUUAUGAUGUUAGUUUUUAUUAUGACAACACUUCUAAGAGAUCUUUUAUUCAAGUUCCUGGCUUUCAGGUUUAA